AUGGCAUUAAGACUACUGACCAGCGUUCUGGCCCUCUCAACUCUAACAACAGCCCACGGAGACCACUCCCACGACCACCAUGAAGCCGAGGAUCCUCAACAACCAUUCAUCGGCUGGACAAAGGAAGACCUCGACGCCAAAUGGGGCACCGACUGGGGUUUCAGCGGCAUCUCGACAUUCGCCCACCUCCCCCACAUCCGCUGCCUCCAGCACCCCUCCCAAACCUACGACAUCGCCAUCCUCGGCGCCCCCUUCGACACCGCAGUCUCCUACCGCCCGGGAGCCCGCUUCGGCCCCCGCGCCAUUCGCGCCGCCUCAGCUCGCCAAACCGCAAUGCGAGGCUACAACCCUCGCGCGAACUUGAACCCCUACACCUCCUGGGCGACCGUGCUCGACUGCGGCGACAUCCCCAUCACACCCUUCGACAACAGCCUCGCCAUCCACCAAAUGUCCCUCGCUUUCUCCCAACUCUCCAACUCCCCUGUCCCACAGUCCUCCUUCUCCUCCAACAUCCCCUACCGUCAUUUCCCUAAACUCAUCACCCUGGGCGGGGACCACUCCAUCGCCCUCCCCACCUUGCGAGCCCUACAAGCCGUCCACGGACCGAUUGCUGUCGUCCACUUCGACGCGCAUCUAGAUACCUGGCAUCCGGCGAAAUACCCCACCGCCUGGCUCAACCCGGACGACUCCACGUUCCAGCAAUCAUUCAUGACCCACGGAACGAUGUUCUGGCUCGCUCAUAACGAGUCCCUGCUCUUACCCCACAAGUCCGUCCACGCUGGUCUCCGAACCCGGCUUUCCGGCGCGGAAGACGACGAAGACGACGAUGCGCAAGGCUGGUCGCGCAUUGCGUGUGAUGAUAUUGAUGAUCUUGGCGCACGAGGCGUAGCGGAGAAGAUUAUGAAGCACGUUGGUACGGAGGUCCCGGUAUAUCUGAGUAUUGACAUCGAUGUCAUUGAUCCCGGAUUGGCACCUGGAACGGGAACCCCAGAACCGGGCGGUUGGACGACGAGAGAGUUAAUAAGGGUGUUGAGGGGGAUUGAAGGGUUGAAUGUCGUGGGGGCGGAUGUGGUGGAGGUGAGUCCGGCUUUUGAUGGGGCUGGGGAGGUGACGGCGUUGGCGGCGGCGCAGGUUGUUUUUGAGGUUUUGACGAGUGUUGUUAAGAGGGGGUUGAGUGAUGGUGGUGAGGAGAGGAGGGGGAAGGGGAGGGAUGAGUUGUAG